AUGAGACCGCAGUGCCUCGCCACUGCACCUGAUGGGCCUGGCCAACCACACUGCCUCGCCGCUUCGCCUCAUGCGCCUGGCCGACUGCACUGCUUGACCGCCGCACCCUGUGGGCCUGGCCGACCGCACUGCCUCGCCGCCUCGCCCUGUGGGCCUGGCCGACCGCACUGCCUCGCCGCCUCGCCCUGUGGGCCUGGCCGACCGCACUGCCUCGCCGCCUCACCCUGUGGGCCUGGCCGACCGCACUGCCUCACCGCCUCGCCCUGUGGGCCUGGCCGACCGCACUGCCUCGCCGCCUCGCCCUGUGGGCCUGGCCGACCGCACUGCCUCGCCGCCUCACCCUGUGGGCCUGGCCGACCGCACUGCCUCACCGCCUCGCCCUGUGGGCCUGGCCGACCGCACUGCCUCGCCGCCUCGCCCUGUGGUCCUGGCCGACCGCACUGCCUCGCCGCCUGGCCCUGUGGGCCUGGCCGACCGCACUGCCUCGCCGCCUCACCCUGUGGGCCUGGCCGACCGCACUGCCUCGCCGCCUCACCCUGUGGGCCUGGCCGACCGCACUGCCUCGCCGCCUCACCCUGUGGGCCUGGCCGACCGCACUGCCUCGCCGCCUCGCCCUGUGGGCCUGGCCGACCGCACUGCCUCGCCGCCUGGCCCUGUGGGCCUGGCCGACCGCACUGCCUCGCCGCCUGGCCCUUUGGGCCUGGCCGACCGCACUGCCUCGCCGCCUCACCCUGUGGGCCUGGCCGACCGCACUGCCUCGCCGCCUCACCCUGUGGGCCUGGCCGACCGCACUGCCUCGCCGCCUCACACUGUGGGCCUGGCCGACCGCACUGCCUCGCCGCCUCACCCUGUGGGCCUGGCCGACCGCACUGCCUCGCCGCCUGGCCCUGUGGGCCUGGCCGACCGCACUGCCUCGCCGCCUCGCCCUGUGGUCCUGGCCGACCGCACUGCCUCGCCGUCUCGCCCUGUGGGCCUGGCCGACCGCACUGCCUCGCCGCCUCGCCCUGUGGGCCUGGCCGACCGCACUGCCUCGCCGCCUCGCCCUGUGGGCCUGGCCGACCGCACUGCCUCGCCGCCUCGCCCUGUGGGCCUGGCCGACCGCACUGCCUCGCCGCCUCGCCCUGUGGGCCUGGCCGACCGCACUGCCUUGCCGCCUCGCCCUGUGGUCCUGGCCGACCGAACUGCCUCGCCGCCUGGCCCUGUGGGCCUGGCCGACCGCACUGCAUCGCCGCCUCACCCUGUGGGCCUGGCCGACCGCACUGCCUCGCCGCCUCACCCUGUGGGCCUGGCCGACCGCACUGCCUCGCCGCCUGGCCCUGUGGGCCUGGCCGACCGCACUGCCUCGCCGCCUCACCCUGUGGGCCUGGCCGACCGCACUGCCUCGCCGCCUGGCCCUGUGGGCCUGGCCGACCGCACUGCCUCGCCGCCUUGCCCUGUGGUCCUGGCCGACCGCACUGCCUCGCCGCCUCGCCCUGUGGGCCUGGCCGACCGCACUGCCUCCCUCGCCCUGUGGUCCUGGCCGACCGCACUGCCUCGCCGCCUCACCCUGUGGUCCUGGCCGACCGCACUGCCUCGCCGCCUGGCCCUGUGGGCCUGGCCGACCGCACUGCCUCGCCGCCUCGCCCUGUGGGCCUGGCCGACCGCACUGCCUCGCCGCCUCACCCUGUGGGCCUGGCCGACCGCACUGCCUCGCCGCCUCACCCUGUGGGCCUGGCCGACCGCACUGCCUCGCCGCCUCGCCCUGUGGGCCUGGCCGACCGCACUGCCUCGCCGCCUCACCCUGUGGGCCUGGCCGACCGCACUGCCUCGCCGCCUGGCCCUGUGGGCCUGGCCGACCGCACUGCCUCGCCGCCUCGCCCUGUGGUCCUGGCCGACCGCACUGCCUCGCCGCCUCGCCCUGUGGUCCUGGCCGACCGCACUGCCUCGCCGCCUGGCCCUGUGGGCCUGGCCGACCGCACUGCCUCGCCGCCUCGCCCUGUGGGCCUGGCCGACCGCACUGCCUCGCCGCCUCGCCCUGUGGGCCUGGCCGACCGCACUGCCUCGCCGCCUCACCCUGUGGGCCUGGCCGACCGCACUGCCUCGCCGCCUGGCCCUGUGGGCCUGGCCGACCGCACUGCCUCGCCGCCUCACCCUGUGGGCCUGGCCGACCGCACUGCCUCGCCGCCUCACCCUGUGGGCCUGGCCGACCGCACUGCCUCGCCGCCUCGCCCUGUGGGCCUGGCCGACCGCACUGCCUCGCCGCCUCGCCCUGUGGUCCUGGCCGACCGCACUGCCUCGCCGCCUGGCCCUGUGGGCCUGGCCGACCGCACUGCCUCGCCGCCUCACCCUGUGGGCCUGGCCGACCGCACUGCCUCGCCGCCUCACCCUGUGGGCCUGGCCGACCGCACUGCCUCGCCGCCUGGCCCUGUGGGCCUGGCCGACCGCACUGCCUCGCCGCCUCACCCUGUGGGCCUGGCCGACCGCACUGCCUCGCCGCCUCGCCCUGUGGGCCUGGCCGACCGCACUGCCUCGCCGCCUCGCCCUGUGGUCCUGGCCGACCGCACUGCCUCGCCGCCUCACCCUGUGGGCCUGGCCGACCGCACUGCCUCGCCGCCUCACCCUGUGGGCCUGGCCGACCGCACUGCCUCGCCGCCUGGCCCUGUGGGCCUGGCCGACCGCACUGCCUCGCCGCCUCGCCCUGUGGUCCUGGCCGACCGCACUGCCUCGCCGCCUCGCCCUGUGGGCCUGGCCGACCGCACUGCCUCGCCGCCUCACCCUGUGGGCCUGGCCGACCGCACUGCCUCACCGCCUCGCCCUGUGGGCCUGGCCGACCGCACUGCCUCGCCGCCUCGCCCUGUGGUCCUGGCCGACCGCACUGCCUCGCCGCCUGGCCCUGUGGGCCUGGCCGACCGCACUGCCUCGCCGCCUCGCCCUGUGGGCCUGGCCGACCGCACUGCCUCGCCGCCUCACCCUGUGGGCCUGGCCGACCGCACUGCCUCGCCGCCUCGCCCUGUGGUCCUGGCCGACCGCACUGCCUCGCCGCCUGUCCCUGUGGGCCUGGCCGACCGCACUGCCUCGCCGCCUGGCCCUGUGGGCCUGGCCGACCGCACUGCCUCGCCGCCUCACCCUGUGGGCCUGGCCGACCGCACUGCCUCGCCGCCUCGCCCUGUGGUCCUGGCCGACCGCACUGCCGCGCUGCCUCGCCCUGUGGUCCUGGCCGACCGCACUGCCUCGCCGCCUCGCCCUGUGGGCCUGGCCGACCGCACUGCCUCGCCGCCUCACCCUGUGGGCCUGGCCGACCGCACUGCCUCACCGCCUCGCCCUGUGGGCCUGGCCGACCGCACUGCCUCGCCGCCUCGCCCUGUGGUCCUGGCCGACCGCACUGCCUCGCCGCCUGGCCCUGUGGGCCUGGCCGACCGCACUGCCUCGCCGCCUCGCCCUGUGGGCCUGGCCGACCGCACUGCCUCGCCGCCUCACCCUGUGGGCCUGGCCGACCGCACUGCCUCGCCGCCUCGCCCUGUGGUCCUGGCCGACCGCACUGCCUCGCCGCCUGUCCCUGUGGGCCUGGCCGACCGCACUGCCUCGCCGCCUGGCCCUGUGGGCCUGGCCGACCGCACUGCCUCGCCGCCUCACCCUGUGGGCCUGGCCGACCGCACUGCCUCGCCGCCUCGCCCUGUGGUCCUGGCCGACCGCACUGCCGCGCCGCCUCGCCCUGUGGGCCUGGCCGACCGCACUGCCUCGCCGCCUCACCCUGUGGGCCUGGCCGACCGCACUGCCUCACCGCCUCGCCCUGUGGGCCUGGCCGACCGCACUGCCUCGCCGCCUCGCCGCCUCGCCCUGUGGGCCUGGCCGACCGCACUGCCUCGCCGCCUGGCCCUGUGGUCCUGGCCGACCGCAAUGACUGGGACUGACCGGUCGCUUAGCCUCACGAACGCAUAUGAUGGGAAAAGAAGACCACUCUGUAUGACGACUGCACCUGAUGGGUGA